AUGAUGCCACCACCACCACCACCUGGGCAAUGGUGGGGGGGUCCUGCGCCGCAGGGAUAUGUCGCGCCGGCACCACCUGGUCAGUGGUGGUAUCAGCCGGCGCAGACAUAUGUGGCGCCACAGCCACAGUGGUAUCCGUAUCCUGCACAAGGAUUUGGAGCACCACCGCCACUGUGGUACCCUGCGCAAGGGUGGCAUCCUGCGCAGGGAUACGUGGCGCCACAAGCGCAGGCGAUGAUGCCACAAGCGCAGGCGCCACCACAACAGCAGGCGAUGAUGCCACAAGCGCAGGCGCCACCACCUCCGCUACAAACUCCGCCACAGGAGGUGGUGUUGAAGGAGCAAACUCCACCACAGGAGGUGGUGUUGGAGGAGCAAACUCCACCACAGGAGGUGGUGUUGGAGGAGCAGCCGGAGGAGGCCCAGGCUGCCAAUCCCCCGUUGGCCCCCCUAAUUCUGUCGCCGCCGGGGCCAUCAGCAGGGGGGCGUAGGCGUCCUGUCGCUCCUCAGGAGCGGCCAGGGCGCCCAUAUCCAGCACUGGGAACGCCCCGUCUUUCGUUGCCUCCCAUUGCCGUCGAAGUCUCUAAGUGGCCACAGCUCCCCACGAAGGAGAUCCAGACUCACUUCGAUGGCAAUGGAAGGCAAUGGACGUCGGCGCCUUACCAGUGCUGGAUGUGCUGGCAGAAAUGCGGUUAUCCGUUUAGAGCCAGGCGCCACUCCUGCUUGGCCUCGUCCUUAACGUAUUCUUGCCCAUAUUGCCCCUUCAGUUCCACUUCGAAGAACCCUAGUGGGCACAGGGCAAAGUGCGAAGGGGACGGGGUCACGGCGUACGUGCCGGAUGGCCCAAAUGCCACUGGGCGGAGGUUAACAACGGGGUGA